UAACUUACUGUGCCCAUUAAGAUAACGACGAUAACGACUUUCGGAAAUGUGGCAAAAAGAUGACCGUUGUCAUCAUUAUUCCAAACAUAUUAGAGAAACGGUUCUUCGGUGUUACUAUUUCACCAAAAUAAUAUUCAAUAUACAUACCUAGACAAGCUGAAAGACUUAUCAAAGAAAAGAGAAACCCCAUAAAAAAAAACUCAGCUCAUAUCGUAUUAUCAAAAUUUUCUAUAUUACGCAAGGGGGAAAGUUAUCUCGGAGCAAACCGGGCGCACUUAAGGAGUCAAACGACAACUCGCCUGAUCUGGCGUGGUUAGGUAACGGCUGAGCCUCUACGUACAUCGUCGGCUUUCGUUCGGCAACACAGUCGAUCUACAACAUCUGAUUGCGCUAAGAUCGCAGACCGACAUUAUCAGAGCCUCAAAUUCGACUGGGUAUACGAACAAGGACUGUCGUCGCGUUGGCCUAAGGCCGUGAUUCGCCAUUUACAUUGGCCGUCGUGGCCGCAUUAGGUCCACACACAUCCCGAAUAUCCCAGCUAAGGGUCCCGAACAGCUUGAUAUAAAUAGUCCUUCGGUCCUAGUAGUACGUGUCUGGGUUUUCCUUUGAGGCCACGACGACGUGCUUUUGUUUUUCUAUUGACCCUUACUACGUAUCUUUGCCCUUGCCCUUGCCCAUAUCGCACGUCAUGGCUCAUUCCCAUCUCUCGAUAGAUUCUCUCCCGAACGAGGUCAUUAUCAAUGUUCUGAGCAAUUUCCCGACUCGCUCGCUGUUGCCCCUUGCUGCUGUCUGCCGCCGCUUCUAUGGACUCGUUGGCCGAGUGCACUAUGCGCGCCUUGUGGAAACAUCGAGGCUUGAGGAUCACGAAGUGAUUCUUGAAAGCUUUCACCCAAGCGAGAAGCUUAGUACGCCUUCGCUGCACUGCGAGUUCCAAGGGAUGCAUGGACUCACCGAGGCCGGCGAAGUUGCUGACCUCGGAGAGCUCAACAACAUAUACGCACGCUUUCGCCCAUACCUCGACUCCGAAAAGGCAGCGGGACAGAUUGUCCGGAUGCCGUCGCACGAACUUUCCCUAGACUCUGGCGAACUCUUCUCCCAGCUAUGCACAAUAACCAACCUGGUUAAGGUGGGACCCAGACACGGUUUGUUUUCCAGCUUUGCCAACAUCACCGACAACGUGGUCCGUGUAUGGCGUGGCUGGUUGAACGAGGCAGCAAAAGCAGCAGCAAGGACGCAACAGCAAGCAGGUUCGGGCUCAGAUGAACGGACCAUCCUCUGGACCGAUUCGUCAAAGACCGUCGGCAUAAGAUUCCGAGUCGUUGAGGACGAGAGCAUACCAGCACCCGUCCUCUUCGGUCGAGAUGACGAGCCUUCGGUUACAUAUUCAUUAGAGUACCAAGAGUUGCUUAUAAGAGCAAACUGGCUACUUCUCAGCUUUGAGUCAUCUGAAACUCAAGAAGAAACUCAUGCAGGAGCCGUUUACUUUCCAGGUACCGGCGCGGUUUACCAGCCCUGUAAUAGCUUUCUACAAUGCGCCGUCCCGUCAGAGCGACUAUUUCAGUCGAUGGUUACGACGUUCGUUAUGUAAACCGCCACGAACGCGGUACGGGCUUACGGACCUUAAUGAGAUACGAUGUUUAAUGUUAUGGGUAUAAUACAGGGACAUGGGGAUUGACAUAUGUCAGACCAUGCGAUUCGGCGACAGGGUUUUGUCUUUUUUAAUGAUGUGCUUGGAGUUUAUAUAAACCGCUCAUAUAGAGCUAGCGUUUCUACUUCGAAGAUGGACUUUGUAGAAUUAAAAUUUGGUUAUAAUAACUUAGAAUCUAGAGUAUUCCCAUACAAAUUUCUCUAUCUUACG